AUGUCAAGUGAACCUAAAUCCGUAGAAACAAAGAAAGAAUGGAAUGAUGAUCCAAAAAAAGUCGUUGAUCAAAAGGAACCGACUAGACAAUCUAUUCAAUUACCAUCGAAACCUUAUUGGGUAGAUAAAAUCCCUGACGAAGAAGAAAGCGAUAAAUUAGAUAAUUUAAACAGUUCCUCUAGUUUUUCUAAAUGCGAUUCCAAUGGUUUCGAUUGGUCGCGUAUUUCAACAAACCAUGAUUGUGACAAUAAACAUGUACACUUUGACAGCAAUAUCAACACAACUGAUAGAAUCCCAAAAAUUGGCCCAAGUAUGCACCGUUCAUCCCUUUCACAAAGCUAUAGAGACACAAAUUUGGUAAACAAUUAUUUGACACCUCCGUUCACUUACAAGACAAAUUUUCGCUGCGCUGAUCAUUAUCAAAGAGUCAGUCGUCCACGUUCAUUCUAUCCCAGUAAAAGUAUGCUCGGAAAUUCACGAAUCAGGCAUAAAAUUAGCUACCCUUAUGACAAAAUGUUAACACCAUCUUCACCCCGACAUUUUCAAAUCAAUAAUCAAAUCAGUACAAUCUCUUCCAUUUCACCUCCUUCAUUGACAAUAACUGACAUAAAACAUAAUCCCGAUAAUGGUUGUAAAUCAGCCGCAAAUACUUUAUCAAAAUUUAUACAAGCCAUUGGAUCAUUAAUUAUAGAAGCUACUAAAAAUUUUCUUGCUGCACCUAUAGUAAUUCAAUAUUUUGCUGACGGUGCGGAUCCAAUUUUUUAUCAGGGAGCCACUGCUUUUGAUGCAAAAAAAAUUGGAUACUCUCAGAAUGGGUUUUAUAUGUUACGUGAAUUUCAUCAAGAAGUCGAAGAAUAUCUUAAAAAAGAGUUUCCUACCUCCCAAGUUGAAAGUAAUGGCAAUGAUAAGAAGUGGUCCGUUUCUAUUAGUAAUUUUAUUGAUACAAAACAAGUCCGUAGACAUCUCAGCUUGAAAAAAAACGAAUGA